UUUAGUUAUUCUAUGGAAGGGUUUGUCUACGGUUUCCAACGAGUUCCCGAACACUGCCACCGCUGGCGCUUCUUUGGCAAAAACCUUUUCCGUUCGGUGAUGGAUGAAAUUUCGAACUUGCCACUGCCAGAAGCCUUCCUUAACUUUCUCGAAGAAAAUGGAAUCGACCCUUCAAUUUAUACAGCCUCUGAUUCAACCCCUCGUUACGUAAGGUUGAAACCUGGGUGUGAAGCUGAACUUGAAGAAAUUGAAGCUGAGAUGAAGUGUAAGCUUAGGAAAGUGGAUUGGUUACCUGGUUUUUAUUCUCUUCCACCUGAUAUUCAGAUUGCUAAUUCAAAGGCAUACCAGGAUGGAAAGAUCUAUGGAAUUGACGCUGCUUCCGGAGCUGCUGUCUCAGCUUUGAAAAUCUCCCCUGGGGAUCAUGUUCUUGAUCUAUGUGCUGCUCCCGGUGCUAAAGUUUGUAUGAUGUUGGAUCUCCUUGGUGAUUCGGGUUCUGUAACUGGUGUUGAUGUUGCAAGACAUCGUUUAGCAGCUUGUAGAACAAUAUUGCAGAAAUAUUCCUUGGGUGAUCGGUGCCGACUAUUUGUUGCUGAUGGAACAACAUUUUCUCUUGCUCCUGUGAGGGUUGAUUCAGUUUCUAGAUCAUGUGAAUCUGCAUUUGAGGAUAAGGAUGACAAAUUUAGGGAGUGGACUUCCAGGAGACCUUGGAAAGAAAGGAAAAGAGCUGCUAAAGCAAGGGAAGCCAAGUCUUCACAAUUGGUUGCAGUGAGUGAAAAUCCUGAACUUAUCUUUUAUGGACAGCAUUCUGGAGUAGUUGGGCUUAGUAAAAAUGAACUAUCUAAAACCAUGUCUGAUCUUGAAGUUUCAAGCUGUGGUUAUGACAAGGUGCUUGUGGAUGCAGAGUGCACUCAUGAUGGAUCAGUUAGACACAUCCAAAAAUUUGAACAUUGGGGCUGGAGAACGCUUCAACGUCGUGUAUUGGAUGCAGAGAGAACAGAUAGUUUAACUGUACUUCAGUUAAAACUUCUAAGGAAUGGCUUUAGAUUGCUGAAAGUUGGGGGGUUGCUUGUCUACAGCACUUGCAGUUUGACGGUUGCUCAGAAUGAAGACAUAGUAGAGCACUUCCUCAAGGAAAAUGCUUCUGCAGAACUACAGGAAAUUGAUGAAGCUGAAGGGUGGCCCUGUAAGUGUGGGAGGAUACCAAAGACCCUACGCUUUGAUCCAUUGACAUCACAAACUAGUGGACUCUUUGUGGCUAAGGUCACAAAACUGGCCACUUGAGAAUCGAAUACAUUUCUUAUUGCAGAGAAUCAUCUCCUCGAUGCUGCAUUUCCGCCUCUUCGAUCUCAACUGCUGCCUGUUUCAACGCUAUUGGUAUUGGACCCUGCUCGCUGCCAGAUGGAAUGAUGCAUGUUAUAACCGCAGAGAGGGGAGUGUGGGCAGUUCAUAACGAAUUAACGAUGCUUCGCAUUGCAUGUAUUUCGAAGUUACUGAUUCUGCAGAUCAAGGUUACUAGAAACACUUUCCGAUAUUUGAGAAUUUUAGUAUAUAUCUCUAAAAGGUAACACCAUAUUUAAUAUUUCAGUAACGAAAUCUUAUUGAAUAUCCAUAGAAGUUUAUUAGAAAUAAUGAAAUUUAUGAAAAAUAAUCAUGUAUUUUGAGUUUACUGAUGUUGCAGGCCAGUGGUACUGAAAAGCUAUAAAACUAUUUGAUAUGUUUGCAAUA